GCCCUCCGCCUCUUCCUCUCCGCCCACUCUCCCCGCGGCGGCGGCUUUGUCUCGUGGGUCGGUCCCUGGCGGCUCCCUCCCCAACAGCUGCCGCUGGAGGGAGGAAGCAGAGCCGGAGCUGUCCAGCACCCCGGUGCUGAAACCCCGAGCGCUCGUCAUCCACCACCACCAUGUAAGAGCCAUGAAAAGGGCUCGUCCUGGCGCAGCGCGGACAUGGAGGAGGACUUAUUCCAGCUAAGGCAGCUGCCGGUGGUGAAAUUCCGUCGCACAGGCGAGAGUGCGAGGUCAGAGGACGACACAGCUUCGGGAGAACAUGAGGUCCAGAUCGAAGGGGUCCGCACAGGCCUAGAGGCCGUUGAGCUGGAUGAUGGGGCAGCUGUGCCCAAGGAGUUUGCCAAUCCCACUGACGAUACUUUCAUGGUGGAAGAUGCGGUGGAAGCCAUUGGGUUCGGAAAAUUUCAAUGGAAGCUGUCUGUUCUCACCGGCUUGGCUUGGAUGGCCGAUGCCAUGGAAAUGAUGAUCCUCAGCAUCCUGGCACCGCAGCUGCACUGCGAGUGGCGGCUCCCCAGCUGGCAGGUGGCGUUGCUGACCUCGGUGGUCUUUGUCGGCAUGAUGUCCAGCUCCACCCUCUGGGGAAACAUCUCAGACCAGUAUGGCAGGAAAACAGGGCUGAAGAUCAGUGUGUUCUGGACUCUGUACUACGGCAUCCUCAGUGCUUUUGCGCCCGUGUAUAGCUGGAUCCUCGUGCUCCGGGGCCUCGUGGGCUUUGGGAUCGGAGGGGUGCCCCAGUCGGUGACACUGUAUGCUGAGUUCCUGCCUAUGAAAGCCAGAGCUAAGUGUAUUUUGUUGAUUGAGGUCUUCUGGGCCAUCGGGACAGUCUUCGAGGUCGUCCUGGCUGUGUUUGUGAUGCCCUCGCUGGGCUGGCGUUGGCUGCUCAUCCUUUCGGCUGUCCCGCUCCUGCUGUUUGCUGUCCUGUGUUUUUGGCUGCCAGAGAGUGCAAGGUAUGAUGUGCUCUCUGGGAACCAGGAAAAGGCCAUUGCCACCUUAAAGAGGAUAGCGACAGAAAACGGAGCCCCCAUGCCACUGGGGAAACUCAUCAUCUCCAGACAGGAAGACCGAGGCAGAAUGAGGGACCUUUUCACACCCCAUUUUAGAUGGACAACCUUGUUGCUGUGGUUUAUAUGGUUUUCCAAUGCAUUUUCUUACUAUGGAUUAGUUCUGCUCACCACCGAGCUCUUUCAGGCCGGAGAUGUCUGCAGCAUCUCCAGUCAGAAGAAGGCAGUAGAGGCCAAAUGCAGCCUGGCCUGCGAGUACCUGAGUGAGGAGGAUUACAUGGAUCUGCUGUGGACCACCCUCUCGGAGUUCCCAGGUGUCCUGGUGACUCUGUGGAUUAUCGACCGCCUGGGCCGCAAGAAGACCAUGGCCCUGUGCUUCGUCAUCUUCUCCCUCUGCAGCCUUCUGCUGUUUAUCUGUGUUGGAAGAAAUAUGCUCACUCUGUUACUCUUCAUUGCAAGAGCGUUUAUUUCUGGAGGCUUCCAGGCAGCCUAUGUUUACACACCUGAGGUCUACCCCACGGCAACUCGAGCGCUGGGCCUGGGCACCUGCAGUGGCAUGGCGAGAGUGGGUGCUCUCAUUACGCCGUUCAUUGCUCAGGUGAUGCUGGAAUCCUCUGUGUACCUGACGCUGGCAGUUUACAGUGGCUGCUGCCUCCUGGCUGCUCUGGCCUCCUGCUUUUUGCCCAUCGAGACCAAAGGCCGAGGACUACAGGAGUCCAGCCACCGGGAGUGGGGCCAGGAGAUGGUUGGCCGAGGGACGCAUGGCACAGGUGUGACCAGGUCGAACUCUGGCUCUCAGGAGUAGUGACCAAUGGGAGGCUGAGCUGGUCUUUGAGGCUACAGAGAGCAGGGAGCUGGUGGAGUUCAGCUGGGGCACCAACCAUCACUGCCGACAUCGAGAACUCACCCAAGAGUCUACGUGGACCAACAGUUUUGUGUCUUGACUCCGUUCGCUCAUAUUCAUCAAGAUCCACCCGGGGAAGGGGAGGCAUUUGCACUGGGGGGCUCUGUGUGUGUGUGUGUGUGUGUGUGUGUGUGUGUGUGUGUGUGUGGAGGUUUGGUAAUCACCUGUGAAUGUGAAUAAUCUGCAUGGGGAAACUGCCACAUCGGAGUGCCCGGUGAUGCCGGCAGCCAACCAGAGUCAGCCGGUCACACCCUCGGUGAACAGCCAAAAGGUCUCUGUAGAUACAGUCCAGACCCAGAGCCCUGGGAGGCCUGCCACCCAGCGAGUCCACACCUGCUGCCCACCCACUGGACCUGUUCAGUAGGUUUCUCCUAGACCCCUGGCCCCAGGCUCUGUUCUUUGGAAUUGCAGGUGACCCCGGGGUGGCCUGAGCAGCUUUUUCCUGGGUCUGAGGAAUGCUCCUUCAGGUGGGCCCCUCGUUUGCCUCCCCAGGGCCUGACUAGUGGAGACUCGGGAAGAUGGACAUGCAUUUGACCUUGAGCCACAUGCCCCCACCUGGCCCCCUCUGGAGUGGCUGUUCCUGGCUCCAGAGGAUCCAAAUAGGUGCAUUGGGACAACUGGACUUGCACCCAGAUGACAGCCUCAGAAAGCUGUUACCCUAGGAACUGGGGAUGAAGGAGGUGAGAAUCAAGCCCAAAGCCAAAGCAGGGGCCUCCCCUUUGGCAGCACUGAAGGCCAUUCUGGGCCCCAUCUGGGUCUCAGGCUGAUUGGUGACUCUUGGAGAAAGAAAACAUUAACUCAGGUUUCAGCGCUUCGGAUUUUGAGCAUGGGUGGCUUGCUAAGUGGGAGGAAAAACUGAAAAGAUGCCAACCCCCAGCUCCCAUCGGGGUCUGGAGACCAAGAAUCCUUCCUGCCCAGCUCCUCUGCCACCCCUGCUGUCAAGGGCUGGCUUGGUCUUCCCAUGAGGCAGGGGUUCCAGCACUGGUCCUCAGGAACGCUAGGCUGGGGAGGAACAGGAGAGCCCAGAUGUGUGAAACGUGCACAUUUUCAAAGGAAGAGAAGAGGGAUCAGUUGGGUUUCGGGUUGGCCUCGGGAAAAGAGCUGCUGCCGUGUCUCUGCAGACAACAUCCACCUCCAGGAUAUGGUUUACUCAAGCCUUUUCCCCAUCGUGAAAGCAGGGAACCUAGAGAAGGAGGGAGGAAGCUGCCAGAUCCCAUCAAAGGCCGGAGAAGACUGACCCUCCGCUGGGAGAUAUCUGCGUGGGUAAACACUGGGACAAAGCCAAAUGUAUACGUUCAUCUCUUAUUAAAAUGUGUUGGUGAUGGA